AUGCAGGGACGAAUGGACCGAAGGGAGCGGAUGGAGUCUUUCCAUCACGUUCAUGCCCGCCCCAGCAUGUCUAUGCCUAAGCACAUGCCCAUGUCCAUGCCACUGGGCACCCCAAGGCGCGAAAGACGCACCAGGGACCCAGAAACGCCAGAAGAAGAAGAAGACUCUUCGCCCUUUCCUGAUGUUGAUUGGCCACCCGAAGACGAUCUAUCCUCUGCCCCGUCGCCUCAUGGGAGACACCAGGACUCAGACGACUUCUCCGAGCAUACAAGACCUUAUCCUCGCCAUACAAGGGCCCCAAGCGUUGAGGAAAUAUCGUCCACUGCGCGCUCUUCGUCAUCUUUCAUUGACAUAGGGCGCCCUAUCCGGCCCCGAGUAUCUCACAGUGCUGGCAUGCACCUUCGUGACGACGACACUCUUCCUCCAGAAGCAAGACUCCGUCGGCCAUCCGUUCUCUACGACGAAGACGCAGAAGAGAUCUUUGUACCCCGAUCUAUCAUGGACAACAGAUCGCGGCCGGCGAGCCGUGCCUAUGAUUCCCGCUCACGGUCCAGAAGUCGCUACGACGCACCGCGUAAUAGAAGUCCAUCAACAAAUCGACAGCGUUCUAUGCCAGACUCGAGAUGGUCUCCAAGGUCGUCAUCCGAUAGAGAAACUCAGCUCACCGAUCACUCUGGUGACGAAAAGCUUGUUCGCCAUAACAUGCCUCAUACGCCGCCUGCUCCGCCCUCAGUUCACGAGCGUCCGAGCCGCAAGCUACCUACGCCGGAGGUAGGGGAAUCAAGGCCCUACGGGUAUGCGCCCGCAAGCCGCCCUCGUUCACCGUCCCGCGUUCGUGCGCCAUCGAGAUCUCGCGCACAAUCCAGACCUCGUGAUCAGUCUAGACCUGCUUCACCUUCUCGCCGCCGUUCACCCUCAAGGCAUGGCUCGCCAUCUCGGGCUCAAUCACGGUCCAGGCCGUCUUCUCCAUCACGAGGUGCUUCGCGGGCUCCUUCGCGGGCUCCUUCCAUGAGGCGGGCGCUUAUUAGAACCUCAGGAGCCCUUGAUCACCAAGCUUUGGAUGAUGAAGAAUCCGAUGCGGAAGAUGUCUAUGUACAGGACUUUUCGGAUGAGCUACGGUCCCACCCUAGGCUUCAGAGGCCUUCAAGGCAAGACUAUGAGUCUGACGAGUUUUUCCCCGGCCCUUCAUCUUCGAGGAAUCAAUAUUACCCCAGUGAAGCAUAUUCCAACCCGGGACUCAGACGCGCUAACACGUAUCAUGACGUUCCGAGAGGUUCGUCGAAAUCAUACGCUCGAGAGAGCUUUGGCAAAGCUGGUUCCUGCAAACAAUGCGGUGGUCAAUCAGGAGAAGUAGCUCACAAGCUGCCGGACUGCGAUCAUCGUUGGUGCAGUCUGUGCCUCGAACAAGGCUUCUUGUCAUUCAUGGAUGAUCAUGUAGGGAAACCUCCAAUGUGCUGCAAGCGUUAUAUCUCGCCUCAGCUCGUGGACGAUCUGUUUGAUCCCAUCUUCAAGAAGGACUGGGACAGAAAGUUUGUUCAUUCCUCAAUCUUUGCGAGUGGGCGUCCUCGUAGCUUGGUCUGUCCGGAACCGAAGUGCGGUACACCUAUCGGAGACCAGGAUAUACACCUCGAUCGAGAUGGGAGGGAGUUUGGCGAAUGUCGCUACUGCCGUACAGAGGUCUGUGUUGGCUGCAGUGGGCGGUGGCAUAAAUCACUUCACUGUCCACCAGAUGCCAUGCCUCAUUGCAGUCGAUGUAGAAAAAAGCUUCUGCCUGGAGAACCCGGUCGCAACUAUACCACUUGCCAAUGCAAUACACGUUGCUGCACGGUCUGUGGCUUGCGGUGGAAAAAGUGUGACUGCCCUUUCUUCAAUAUCGAAGGAAACGAACCGCUUGAUACACUGUUUACAGCUGACCCUCGAUCGAAUCCGUUUACCUAUGCAAUGCAGCUGGAGUCUGACGCACAGUCUCCGCGAACGUACCGUUCAAAUGGCGGGCAUUCACGGCCCGUGGCUGCGGUGCACAGUCGACCCCAAAGCUACGAAGAAAGACCGGUGAUGGAUCGUCUGCGAGAAAAACGUAGCGAUGAUCCUCUCAGCCGUAGGUUCCAUGUUCCCGGGGAAUUCGAAGAGUAUGACGAGCGAGAAGUGGACGACGACUAUCGCAGAGGAAGGGAUGACAGAGAUCGUCCUUUGAAACCCGUAAACUAUGUCCGUCGACCUGAAAUGGCUGUGCCGCCGCCUCUAGUUCACCGACAUACGGCGCCGCCGCCUGCCCACUCGGUGUUUGAAAGACCAACAACUAACGCCUGGACGGACGCUAUCAUCCCACAUGACUCUGACAGACGGCGUUCCCCUUCACCGGAAAGGUUGCGACCUCGAAUGUCACGCCAUGCAUCACUUGAAAAGGAGAAGCUCCGGGCUCCAUCACUUCCUAGGCAUGCCUAUCCAUCCGAUAGGUGGGCAGAUGUACCUCCCGAGCUUGGAGGUCAGUUCCGGCCCCGAUCAUUGGAGAGGCAGCGAACUUCAUCACGACACCGAGAUGCUUCUCCCGACAUGCGCCACGCCCCUUCGUUUGAGAGAGACGCGAUCCGCUCGGCCAGCAGGCGUAGAACGAUGACACCGUCGCUCGAAAAGCGGAAGCUUGCAAGCAGAUUUGAUGCAGACACUAGACAAGGCCCCGGCUACUCUACCAUGGCGGCUCCUCCUAUGAUGGCUGCACCACCCCCUUCCCACGCUGCUACUGCCCCGAUUUCGUCUCGGUUUCCCGUCAGCGCGGCUCCACCGCCACCACCACCACCCCCUGGAAUGAAGAGACACCUGACAGAAGAUGACUUCUAUACAACAAGUAGGAGCACUAGAUCGUCGGACCGCGACAGGAUGGCAACGCCUGCAAGACACCACUCGUACCACGAAUCACCACAACAACCUCGGUACCCGGCGUAUUACGAGGGCGGAAUUCCGGCACGUACUCCAAGCGGGAGACGCCGGUCCGGCCAGGCGACGAAAGAACACGUCAAAGAUGACCUCCCGCCGUCGGUCCUUGCUGGGCUAGGGGGUCCCAGCAAAGGUAUGGAACGAGUGCAGGAAUGGAACAAGGAUGCCGGAGAGCGGAUUAGGCACGUCAGGGCUCCUUAUACAGGACGGGGUCGCGAUGUCCGCGACAGAGAUUGGGAGUAG